AUGCGAAACCUUUUUUGUGCGUGGCGUUGCGUAAGAGGAGUGGACACAUCCGUCAUUACGGCUUCGCACACAUUUCUCAGCAUUGUCAUUGCUGUUCGGCACAAGAGUCUCGGUGCAAAGGUUCAAGCCAAUCCCAACGAAAGGGGUGGCGCUGGGCCUGCUCUUGAGGACGUUGCCAACACCACGCCGCGGCAAACGGAUAUGGGGCAGGUUCUGCAUCAACUCUUAUGGCGGGCAAGGGAUGCACUUCUCAUGCAAGAAGAAGUGACGAAGGAACACGAAAGUGCGGGAAGAGAAAAGAAGAAAAAGAAGUGGAUUGGUGAACCGGGCACAUCGCAGCGGCUGACGUACUCACAGAUUCACGCCGCAGAUGCAACAGGGCUAUUCGAGGUGGACUGGAACAACGUGAGUCGGCUGACGCGAAGAACACAAGAUGGCCUUUCCACCAGCUCUCCUUCAGAGCCAACGAGUGAGGAAAGCAUAGCGCUUCUGUGUUCGUUGCUUGCCGUGGCACUGAAGCUGCGGAAAGGGGGGGCGUCAACGGAGUUUUUGUCCUCACACGUGACGAUGACGCUUCCGCCGCUGAAAUCAGCGGAGGCCGUUGUGGCGCCAUUGGGCCGCCAGGCACGACUGUGGGGUGAGCUGCGGGAAUGGCACCUGUUGUUGUCGUGUGCGUCCGUCACUUUUGCGCGGAUUGGCCGGGAGUGUGCCACAGAGAAGGCAUUACGCGAUUUGGUGCGAGUUUUUUUGGACAAACUUGACGCGUUGUGUUUGCCCGCCGUCAAUAAGAAGAGGACGGGACGCCAUUUCAGAGCCGAGGAGGGAACCGACACGGUUUGUGAUGGUAUGGGUGAUACAGUAACAAACGCGCUGUGGCGUGUAGCAAUGCUUUGCCGUGUGAUGGAAGACUUCUUGCGGUGUGAGGGAGAGACGCCAAACUCAUCGCCGCACGCAACGGAGGGAGGUGAGGAUGUGAAGGGCUCUGAGAAGUCACGCCAUCUGACGAGGGUUGUCAAGUGUGUGAUGUGCGAGCUGGAGAAACGGGUGUUUACGAUCCGCGGACUUGAGGGGUCUGUAGAAACGGUGGAAGGCCUUGAGGCUCUUGUCAUGAAGUCAUUUCAGUACUGCUGUGCUCCCGAGUCGUUCGAGGAUCGGCACUCAUCUGCGUACAAGGGAGCGCCGGCCGAAGCGUUGCUGUCAUUCUGUGGAGCAUACUUCAAGAUGGUGCCUUUUUGCCUCAUGACGGCGGCCGCGGAGGCGGGGAAGCAAGAGGGGGGCGUUUUGAAUGCAGUGGAGAGCAAGGACUGCUGUGCCGUCACGAUUGUACUCACAAUUCGACAAAGUUGGUUGCGCCAUCAAUCUGCCUUACAGCUUCACGGAGUCAUGGCGGCCUUUUGGUGGUUGCGGUUGCUGCCCAUAUUGCUUGAGGGCUACUCGGACUUGACGGCGCAGCUGCGGUUUGAGCACCAUCUUCAUGGCAGCGGCCACAUGAGCAUCCGACAACUAGAGACAGUGCAGACGGAACUGGUCAGCACGGUAAGUUCCAUGUUGUACUUUGACGAGAAGGCGUUCGAAGAGCGACGAGCGGCACGGACGACGGGACCUGCCGCGGAGGAGGAUGGGGGCGGUGGUGACGCUGGCACGUACGACACGAGUGAUGCACGACUGAGACGACAUCGCGGGGGUCGAUCGCUCUUUAGGAAGAAGGAUGAGAAAGAGGGGGUGUUGCUCCCAACAUCCGCAGAGGCCAUGCGUAAGUCGUCCCGCUUCUCACCACGGCGGGUUUGGGAGAAGAAUGACUUGUCGGGGACCACCGCGUCCGGGGCGGCUAGCGGCACGGCGGUGAACAGCCCGUUGUUUGACAUGAUCGUCGCCGCGAAGGACGCCGUGUUUCAGCUAUCGGAUUUGCAUGCCGUGGAGCAGCCGAACCGCAGUACAGCGCUGGAAAUGACGUGGUUGGCGUUGUUGGCAGCCCGUCGUCGCGUGGAAAAGACGAAGUCAACACAAAAAAUGACCCAAUUUUUGAAGCCGAAACACACCCACCAUCAGAAACGGCAGCAGCAACAACAUGAAGAAGAGGAAGGGGGAGAUGUGGUAAAUAUGGGUAGGGUGUACGAGAUGAAGGACGGGGAUGAAUCUGAACUGGUGUUUCCGCCGUUCUUUGCGAAGAGCCUGCAGCAUCUCUCCACUGCCCUGGCUGCCGCCGCUCACCGCGUGUACGAUAUGGCCGACACGUUACACACACGCGAUGGGAACAUACAUCGCGUGUUGGGUGUCGCCAUCGUUGCGGGCACACAAGAAAUGCUCUUGGGGAACUCCUUCUACUCGGAUGCAAUUGCCAGCAACUGGUGGUUGCGUAGUAGUGCUCCAGUUUUCUUCCAAGGAAGACAUUCGCAUCAAUUUAAUCUUCCCUCUUUACUGGAGUCAAAUCUUAUGAGUCUACUGGUUCAGCGAACACGUCGGCAUGAUAAAUUGGGAUGGUUAAAGCGUUCCAUAAAUACGGCUUUGGAAUGUCUUACCGCCCCUGCCGCGGCACCGUAUCUCCCUCCGGUCACCAAGCAGUGGACAUGUGCGCUGAUUCUCUCCAGCCUGCGCGAUGUGGCAUUUUUACUGAGGCAUAACGGUAAGGUCCCCGGAGCAACAAAGAUGACAGAAGAGGAAAUGAAAGUGGUACAUACAUGGGCGUGUGGUGCGUUUUCAUCUUUGCUUUCUGUACUUGCUGCAGAUGAGGAGCUUAUUCUUCUUUGCGGAUAUGCAAGUUUUAUUGACGCGCUCUUUGACCUGCAUAUUCAUCUGGGGACAGAACAGCAGGAGUUGCUGCAGUUUGGAGAGAAUUCUUUACUUAAAUGUGUCCUCCCUGCCGUGCUGAUUAGCCUUGUGAAGAGCGCAGAGGAGGAUACCCCAGAGACACAUGCCGCAGCCUGUGAGUCCGUGCUCUUUGUUCUUGCCGUGCUUUCUAAAUUUGUCUCCUUUCCAGAUCUGAGAAUGACGGCGGCCAGAAAAAACGACAGCAGUGAUCUAUUGAUUGGCGUGGCGGUGUAUUGCCUUCGGCAUGCGCGUCGCGGGGGUGGGAAGCAUGCCAGCGACUACGGACUACCAGCGGCGCAAUUACCCGCCGUUGACAGCACCCAAGCACUGAAGAGCUGCGGCAGCAUUUCUUUCCUAUUUAGGAGGCGCAGUGGUUACUCCUAC